GUUUUUAGCUAGUUUCUUGUAGACUUCUAUAGGACAACUACAGCCAUCACCUGCAGAUAGACUUUUGGAUUGGUCUUAUUUUCCCAGUGUUGAACUAUGUUCAAGUUUUACAUUGUCUAUGAAUAGACUUCUAGUGAGUUAUGAUGACAGCUGCCCACUGCUUUUCUUAUCACAGGGUCUUCAAUUUAGGGCGUUAGCAAAUGUUAGGGUUUGUUAAGAAGCUGUCAGUUUACAUUGGUAUUUGUCAUUUUAUUUCCUUUUAUAGUUUUUUUUAUUAAUAAAAUGGUAUUUUAUAACACUAGCUGUGCAAAUCAAAGGUAAGAAUGUGUAUUCUGGUAAGGCUGAAACAGAAGAAUUCAAAAUGAAGAGGAAUACCCGGUUGCUCUUAUUCUGGUCUUCUUGUAAGUUUUUUCCCUUGUCUCUGAUCCUGUUUUGAUAUUGCCAGACAGGAUCUAAAAACAUAGACAGGUUGAGGAGAGUGUGUGUUUGAGCCUUGUUUGUGCCUUGAAAUAGCAUCCAUGCUUUUUGGAGAUGGAGUGUUUCUGCUGGCUUUGUCGGAGCAUGACCUUUAGCGAACACUGGAAUGAUUUGCAGCUGAGUGUGAAAUGUUUGGAAAGACAUUCAGCACCUCCAAGUCUGACGCUAUUGUUCCCGACUAGAAAAUAGUAGAGUGCUCCCUCUGGGUUGGCAGAAAGAUGCUUUCCGAAAUGCGGAUGUUCAAGCAUCUGAGGAUGUGACUUAUGUGACUUCAAUAGAUCACAUGAUGGAAUGGGGCAAGGUCUCACAGUGGUUCCACCCGAAACCUCUGGCAGUAAUGACCCAUGCCUAUUUUCACGCCCUGACUCAUGUGAUGAGGUACAUGAUUAAUAGUCAAAGGUACAACCCUCACUAGGGUUUCAAUACUGGCGACUCUCCACUUUUUGGUUUUAGAAUUGAAGAAAUCUCUUGUAUGAAAGCCAAAACACCUUCAAAGCACUUAAAUAAGUCCAGAACACUUAAACCAAACACUUAAACCACCCUUUUUUCAAGCUAUUUAGACUAACAUGACCUGGAUGACUGAGAACCUUACACAGACAUGACUUAGGAUCGUAUUCAAGCGGAGAAACUGGUUCCGCUGGUGGAUUAAUAUGCAAGUAUUGUACUGGACAAGAAACAAGAGAACUGAACUGGAAGGCGAAGCUUUCGUUUUACCAGUCAACGUACAUUUUAACCCAUCUAUGGUCAUGAGAUCAGGGUGACGAUUCAGUAAAGUAAGGUUGCAAAUACAAACAACCAAAAUGAGUCAUCGCCAUAGUUCAGCUGGACUCAGCCAUAGGGAUAGGGUGAGAAACUUGGAUAUCCGGAGGGAUCCCAGAGUAAAGCCACUGCUAUGAUGUCUCCUGGGUACCUCACUUUGAGGUUUUUCAGACACACCCAGCUGGGAGGGGACCCCAGAACCUGCUGACAAGAUUAUAUGUUUCAUCUGGCCUGGAAACGCCUCUCAAUGCCCCAAGGAGUAACAUGUUGCUGGGGAGAAGGAUGGCUGAAACACCCUGCUUAGGCUGCUGCCACCAAGAUGAUGGAUGGACUUAUGGAUGGAUUGAUGGAUGGCAUUGUUCUCUGCUGCUUUGCUGAAAAUCAGUGACAUGAAAUGUAAAGUUCUUCCCGAGAACAAGUUUCUUUAAAAUACACUGAAAAGUUCUCCAAUGCCAUGAGCCUGAAAAGUACCAGCAAACAAGAAAAUGGUUAUUUGAAGGCACUCGUGCCUGUAGCUCCAGUGGAAGUCCCACGUGUUGGCGGUCCCUACUGUAGUGGUUUUGAGAAGAAAUCCAGAGUCAAAGAGGAUUUAAAUGCAAAAGCAUCACAUGCAGACAUUGCAAGCUUGGAUUGUCUGGCUGUGAACGGUUGACUUCUAAAGGCAGCGGUUAGGCUCAUUUUGAACAUCCUUUUUGGACAUCAUUUUGUAUUUUAAUUACAGUUUCCGUGCACAUGGCCCUGCUGCACACACUCAGCACAUGCAGUGACACUGUAGCUUAAGUAUUAUUGCACUUACCCGACCAGUGAGAAACAAUUAAAUGUUACUUAACAGAAAAACAACUUUUAGGAAAUGCUUGAUCUCUCAUCAAAGCUUUUUUUAAAAAUAGGUUUUAUUUAACGUUGAAAACCUAUGGAGCCAUCAUUUGAAAGCAUAUGCAUCUCAUCAAUCUAAAGGAUCAGUUUCACCUUUCCCUGCUGCACUUAAAGCACAUUUGCUUCAUUUCUAGAGGUCAAGUGAGGUUCUCUGUGGAAGUCCUCACAUUCCUCUACCCCUCCAGCUCGGUCCAGUUUGUUACUUGACACUUUCCAAAAAAAGGAGGUACUUAAUUGCAGGUCCCGUUUUUGUUUUGCUCUCUCUAUCAUUGUCGUUUUAUUGAUCAUUUUUUCCCCUUGUUCGGCUAUGUGUGCGCACAAGCGCAUGUUUGCAUGUGUGUCUGAGUGCACAUAUACAGUAUGUGUGCAUGUGUGACUUGUAAUUAGCCUCUUGCUCUGGUCUGUAUGGCAUUUUAACAAAUGCUUCUAUAUAUAUCAUGCUAUCAGGCUGAGGUUUUAGCAGUGUCACUCCCUGCCACUUUCUCCUCUUUCCAUCCCUCUCUCUUUCGCUCUUCUCUUCCUGUUCGACCAGAUCGGCCCUUGCCCUUCAGCCCCGCCGUGUUUUUUUAUAAGCUAGUGGUUUCUCUGUCCUCGCUUUAUCUCUCUCUUCCCCCCUAAAAUUAUGCCUCGGAAGCCUGUCAUUGCCAUGAGGCACCUCGCCGGACCAAAAUCAUAAACUCAUUACAUGUUUUAUUUUCUUGUUUGUAUAAGGCAUGGCUAUUAUGGCUUUCCAUAUGUGUAUGUGUGUUUGUGUGUGUUAUCUGCAUAUGUGGUUUUAACAUAUAUGGUAAUACAUGGUUCUUAUGUGCAUACAUCAGGUGUACAAACCCUGUUAAAUGAUACCUUCAGCACACGCUUACUGAUACGUGUGUGUGUGAUGUGUGUACACAUGUGUGUCCUGACCAGUGAGUGGGUUUAAGCGGUUCAUUUAUUUUCCAACUAAUGUUUGAAAUGUUUUCAUGUGUGGUCGAAGGUGAAGUGGUGCCUUGGAGCGGUCACCCACACACACACACACGCACCUACUCACUCAGACACACACUCAGACACAUACACACACACACAUGCAGGAGGGGCAUGUCCUGAGGCUGUCAGGGGUGUGUCUGUGGUCAGAGUGGCACUAUAAGACACAGGCAGGUACACUGGACUUUUCAUUCAGCUUCACAGAGUUGUGUGUGUGUGUUGUGUCUGUGUGUGUCUGUGUGUGUAUGCGGCUGAGUUUUCUGUUACUUCUCUAACUUGUUUAACUAUCUAAAGUGUUUAACAGCUUUUCAGAGUCUUAAACUUUCUAGUUUUUCCUUUUUAAGCGACUUUUCAAAGUUCCACCGAGCUCAGGGUGUUUAAUCGAGCGUUUUUGCAGCAACUUUUGCACAGUUAAAAGAAAGUUAGGCAGUUUGACUUUGGCCCUGACUCAGCAUUUGUAGCAGCACACACAGCAUCCCUACUGAGUUGCCACAGCAACUGUGUCAGUCCACUGGAAGUCUGGGAUCAUAUGUACAUAGACGAAUACAUUGAAGAAGAUGAGGAACCACCUUUGCUGCUCAGCUAUUGUCCUCCUCGCGCUGUUUGGCUGUGGAGGGACUGCAGCGGUGCAGUCUCGGUGUGGGAAAGGGUGUGCGUGUCUGCUAUGCCCGGCAGGCCAGGAGCCUUCCAAGGCUUGUGGGGAGAUCCAGAGUCCAGCUGAAGAAGUGCAUUGCCAGGUGUGCCCAGCUGGAACCUUUUCAGACGCACUGGACUCUGAGGUUUGCCGUCCACACACCUCCUGUAAGAUCCUCGGCCGAAAGCUUGCAUCCUCUGGCAACGGGACCUCUGACGCCGUCUGUGGUCACUGUCUGACUGGGUUUCACUCCUCUGCCGCUGGGCAAGUUUCCACCCAAAGUCCCUGCGUAAAAAAAGGGUUGCAUGUCAGAGUGGUCCGUAAUGUGGGUAACGGUCAGUCUGGUGGAGCAGGAGGACCGGCCAACAGCACAGUGGUGCGCAGCGCUGAGGAAAAGACAGCAGAGUAUGCCGUGUUUGCCCUAGUGCCCGUCUUCUGUGUGAUGGGCCUGCUGGGUAUCCUCAUCUGCAACAUCCUAAAGAAAAAGGGAUACCGCUGCACCGGUGAGAAGGAGGGAGGAGAUGAAGAGACUGCCACACCGCAGAAAGAAGGUAACACCUGUCCCUACAUAUCCGAUGACCUGAAUGAAGACACCAUCAGUGUUCUGGUUCGCCUCAUUACCGAGAAGAAAGAAAAUGCUGCUGCGCUGGAGGAACUGCUGCUGGAGUACGAGACCAAAGAGAUGGCUAUGAGCAAAGGCUCGUCAAUCAAGUUCCCGAUGCUGUCUCCCUUAUCCCAAUUCCGCUCCCUUCCCAGGCUCUGCCCUCAUCAGUCUCACCAUCACCACACCAUCUCCGGCCUCUCUGGCCUGGCCCCCAGACAUGGUUACCGCUGCACCCGUUGCGCCCAGAAAAAAUGGCCCCCUGUUCUCAUUCCACCCCUGGAUUCUCUCAAAGAUCCCCUGAAGCCCCCCCAGAGUCUCAUCCUGCCCUCCCUGGACACAUCCUCCGACCAGCAGAAGAGCCCCCUGCUGGGUGGAGAGUGCGUGAAUACACACCAUACACAAGCCGCUGUGCCAAAAACUGUACAGGAGAAGAUGGAAGGAAGUGAAGUGAAGGAGAAAAAGGAAGGAGAGCUCACAGUAUUGUCUGUAGGAAGAUUUCAAGUUGCUCAGAUCCCGGAGCAGAAGCCAUGCACAGUGGAGACCAAGAGAGCAUCCCAGGAGCAAAGGAACUCCUUCUUCGGCGGGAAGUCCUUCUCCUUGUCUUCCUCAUCUGGCAUCCGGAGGUGAAGGGACGAUAUUGCUACCUCGCUGAAGAUGACCUCAUUCACCGGCGACGGCUUGACCCGCUGAGACCAAGGGUGUUUUAUUUAGUUGACUGACACCGGUAAACCACAACCACCUGCUGCUGGAAGUAGUUGUUUCUAAUAAUGCAAUAAUAGGAAUAUAACUGUAUUUAUUAUUACAUAGGCAGGUUAUUGUAUUAUAGACGUAUCGGAUGCCGCAUCAGAGGCAUCACGGCUACAUCCGAACAGAAACGGGUCGCGAGACGUCCAAGGACAGAGCGGUUAACAAUAACUGACACUAGAAAGAGGGAAGCGUGUAUUAUACACAAAUGCACUCCCGGACUUUUUUUUUUUUUUAAAAAGGAGUGCUUCCAUUUAAAAAAAAGAAAAAACAAAACAACAAAAACAAAAAUAAUAAUAAUUUAUAAGAAUGCACCAUAAAAAACAGAAAAUCUCCGCCUAUCAGCCUGUGGUUUGCAACAUCAAUGAGCAUAUGAGUUUUUUAGCACCACAGUUGGCUAAUAAGCCAAAUAAAAAUAACAAAUCUGGAUCAUUUGACACUUCAUUAUUUAAAAAAAGGUACGUUUUAAAUUUUAUUUUAAUUUUAUAUAUUUAAAUAAUUAAAUAUAAGUAAUUUUGCUGACACCAAAACUGAGGAGGUUUCAGACCUCACUUGCUCACUCAGUUAAAACCUUUUAGAGUAAAAAAUAAAACCAAAUAAAAAUGGCGAGAUUUACAUUUUCGGGAUGUACCGAUUUUUCUUUAAGAGGGGAACCUCAGGCUAUAUCAGAGCAUUUUUAAUGAUGCCGCAGCCCAUUGGCUCAUUCCCAGCUGCUGUCGUCAUUAGAGUGAAAGAGUAGUUACAGGGGUGGGUCUCGCUUUUGUAGAAGAAAACAUGUAAAUGUAAAUAUAAACAUGUAAAUAUGUAAAUAUGGGUGGGUUUAGACAAACAUGGCGUUUUGUAAUUUUAAAGUAUGCAUGAGGUGAUACGUUAGAUCCCUUAUAAUGGGAAAGACAACUGCACUGCACCAGCGAGUGACAUUUGUAGUUUAUCAUUUUAAAAAAAGGAAAUAGUUAGAAAAAAACCCAGCAAAUGCUACCACACUACCAUGCAUAAGCCCGAAGGCUGAAGUGCAGCAUAAGUUUAACAUGAUAUUUGUUAUUUUUCUAUCAUUUGGGUGCAACAUCUCAGUGCUUUUUCCUUCAGCUGUUACAGUUUCCUCUUCUAUUCAUGAAAACACUCUGUAGCUAUGCAAUCUUCAAAAUUCAAAGAAACCACUUCUAUAAACACACACACACAGACACACACGCACAUAUUUAUUUAUUUUUUUUAUUUUAUAGUUUAAUUCAAUAAACCCACCAGUGGCUGCAGAGAAUUAGCGGUUUAAAUGCCUCAGUCAUGUGAGCUCAGUUGGCUUUAGUUUACAUCCUCCUGGGUUUUCAAGCGUGUACUAUAAUGAUAGAGGCUUUUUUUAACUGCUCAUUUUCAUAUUUUCUUAUUAUGUUGUGACAAGGAAUAUGACAGCAUGUCUGGAGGGAAGGGUAUUUAUUGACUGCGUUACAUGUUUUCUUUUGAUUUGUUUUUAGUAACUUUCUCACUCAGACUACAGUUAUCAUGAAACGUAUUCAAGCUGAAGUGUUGCUGAAAAGAGGGAAGGAUUUAAAUAUUCAUCUCAUCAGCUUUGUAGCAUGCAUUUAUAUAAUAUUGCAGUUUUUUCCCUGUAUGAUGUUUUUACUUUUAAAAUAAAGAGGUAUUUUAAAUGCUAUCUGGUUUGGUGUUGCACUGCUGUGUGGCUUUGUGGUGUCUGGAGUUGGUGAGUAUGUGAGACUUGAGAUUUGUGUGAGGCUAGAUUAUAAAAUGGCAAAAUAUUUGAUGGGAUUGCUUGAACCAUGAUGAACUUGUGGGGGGUUGUCACCCCCUAGUGGUUCACUGUAGAUUAAAGGGAUACUUGAGUCUGUACUGUUGUACGUUACUAUAAAUUCCCUUCUUUUCCUAUGGCUCCUUGAUUUAAAAAAUUAUGGACACACAUGGAUUUAAAUUAGAAGAAAAACAUCCAUCCAUCCAUCCAUCCAUCUUGCCCUAUCCCAGCUGCCAUAGGCCGAAAGGUGGGGUUAAUCCUCGAUAGGUUGCCAGUUACCACAUUUUAAAAAUGUCUUCUUCUUUACUACAUGAUUUUUACAUCCUUCACAUUUGUGACAUGUGUUUUUCUCCGGGACAUCGAGAACAAGCCUUAAAUUUGCAGUGAGGUUGACCCUUGCAGGGAACACACGCAUUCCUGUCUUUCAUGUCAGAACAACGCUCACAGUAGAAAACCUAUUAGUUCUUAUACAAAUAUCAGGUGCUGGAAAUUACUCAUAAAAUCAAUUCUCUAAGCACACAGCUGUGAUACGCCACGUAGUUUUCUAUUUUCAUAAAUACACUAUCUUUAUACCCUAUACAU